UGGUUUGGGAGACUUCUUUCUGACUAUAUUGUUUGAGGAAACGUUGGAGACUGUGAAACGAUGUGCUCUAGAUGACGACUUGGAAACCAUUUGUUCCAUCCAUUCUCGUUCCAAAGAUGGAAUCUCAAACAAUUCAACAUUGAGUUAUUGAGAGUUUGUGGUUGUAAGAAUGUCAACUUAUCUGUGCAGAGAAUGUAACCGUCACAUAGAUUUUUGCUUUGUUACAGUUUGUUGUUCAACAAGGCUUACAACUGGAUUGCUUUCCGGUCGUUUAAAAACUAUUCUUUCGAGAAGAGGCUUUUAUGGCCAUUUUAGCAAGUGGGUCUGCUCAGGUUCCUAUCCCAAACUAUCUUUGCUUGCUUGUGCAAAGAAUAGAGAUAACGUUGAAAGAUUUAGAGAGAACUUGGAACGCAGUUUGGGAGAAGCAAAGCACAGUUAUCGUAAGACCCUUGAUGGAGUUCAAUUGAGGGAGCUUCUCUUACAACGAUAUGGUUUGUCUUAUGAUAUAAGGCUAAAAGUGACACCCUGGUUUUCUGGAAAAUAUUUACUUACUGCAAAUAUUAUGUGGCUCUAUGUGGAACAACAAAGUUUUCCGUUGACCGAACACGAGUACUUGUGUCAUUUGGAAGCUAUUGCACAGUAUUUGAAUAACUGGGGUGUUGUCAAUCAGUUUAUUGAUUUUUUGCAAUCAACCAAACAGAAACCACGCGUAGCAAAGGCUGUUUCUGUUCCACUUGACGUUUCACAAGAAGAAAUUGUCGAGUUCAUGAAUUGCCAUAAAUGAAACUCUACUUGUUGAACAAUGAGCUCCUUCGACUUUAAUAAUAUCAUAGUGAUGACUUUUUAACGUUUUUCCAUUUCUUCUCCUGUUUGUUCCAAUUUUCUUGCUGCUGUUGAAGAAAACUAGUAGCUUCUUUUGCCCGUUUUGCUCUAUACAAAUCUUCGUUUUUCUUUUGCGAAAGCUUUUCUUGUUGUUGUCUAUUUGUCUCUAAUU